AUGGAUGACAUUUGGGAUACGGACGCGUGGGAUCGGGUGAAGCCCUUCUUUCCGGAUAACAACAAUGGUAGCAGAGUAUUGAUAACCACUAGGCUAUUGACUGUGGCUUUGCAACUGGAUGGCCCGGAUUACAUUCAGAUGAGUUUUCUGAAUCCUGAAAAAAGCUGGAAAUUGCUGCGUAGGUGUGUUUUUCGGGAACAAGGGUGCCCUCCGGAACUAGAAGAGAUUAGGGAGGACAUUGCAAGGAACUGCAGAGGCCUUCCAUUAUCAAUUGUCGUGAUAGGAGGACUCCUAGCAAAGUCUGAACGAACACGAGAAAACUGGCAACACGUUGCAGAAAAUUUAAGCUCGAUUGUGAAUUUAGAGGAUGACGAGCGUUGCUUUAGAAUAUUGCAGUUGAGCUACAAUCAACUUCCGUGCACCUGA